CGUAGGCGAGUGCCCGAGCGCCUUUUUAAAUCAUUGGAAAGAAGAGAAAGGUAAGAGAAACAUACUGUCACACCUGAGAAGCUUCUUCUCACCAAGGGUGGAGAGAUCUCUAUAGGGGGGAGAGGAGAGGUACAAAGGGAAUUUGAGGUGGGAUGAUUCUUCCACCAAUUGUGUUUUUACCUUUUUUGGUUUGCACAUAGAUUAUAAAAUGUUAAUUUUGCUUUUAUUUUCAUUUUUCUUUUAAUACAUACAGAGAUAAAAACAUCUCAUUACCAGAUUUUGAUGCCAGAAGAUUAGACAGUAGCCAAUAUGACAACAUCUUCAGAGGAAAUAUAAAUUUCUCAUUACCAGAGUUUGCUGCCAGAAGAUUAGACAGUAGUCAUUAUGACAACAUCUUCAGAGGAAGCUAGAAAGACAUAUGCUGAGUUUGAGGAGAAGGUGAGUAGAACAGUGUUCCUCGAUAACCUCUCCACUCAGGUGACAACUGCUGUGAUCAAACAAGCUCUUGGUCAAUUUGGGAAUGUGAUGAAUGUGGAAUUUAUUCCGAACUACACUAUACCAUAUCCUAUCCCACAGUCUGCCUUGGUUGAGAUGGAGAAUGAGAAGCAAGCAAAGGCCCUUAUCUCUGAGAUGACAAAUUACCCCUUCAUGAUGUCAGGAAUGCCAAGGCCUGUAAGGGCAAAGCCAGCAAAGAUUGAAAUGUUUGCUGAUCGUCCUCCACCGCCUGAUAGAAAAAUACAGGUGCGUUGGGUAGACCCCUCGGAUGCAGAUUUUGUGGUGGCAAAGAAGCUGAAGCAACUCUGCAAGAAGCACAAUGCAGAACAUUUAGCACUAAUUAAGCAUCAACUGGAAGAAGAGGAAAAGCUUGCAAAACAUCAGGAGGAGAUGCUGAAGACCAACUACAAGAAAUACGAGAUGAUAGAAAGCAUCGUGCAAGAUGGCACCACGUCACGGUUGGCGCGGCACUAUGGCGUCAGGCUAGAUUAUGACUGAGGCCUCCAAUCUUGAUUGUGGAAGGUCUUCUGAUGGUUGAUUAGUGUGUUUUGGCAGCUUUUUCUUCUGCCCAUUUAGAGUUCCUACGGUUAGAUGCCGUGAAGUGGCAGGUGAACCAUGUUAUGCUCCUACGAUAUUUUUGGAUGUGAGAUGGAAGCAUUUCGGCCCUAUCUUAUGCUGUUGCAGUGGCUGAUAAGUUUAGAUGAGUGAGUACGAUUUCUAUUCGACCCGGUUUUUCUAUAAAUGUCCCUGUUCCUA